AUGGCCUACAUUCUUUUCGUUUGUACAGGUUUCAAUUCAACUAUGAAGCUUGCUACACCAGUUAUUGUGGUAUCAACGCUCGUGUUACUACUUAUAGGAGCGAUCAUUUGUUCAUACAUUUUCUCUAGAAGAAAAGAAAACAAUCAAGACAGUCAAACAAGUUAUCAAACAACUACAAUGAUCAGUCGAACAACUCCAGUGACCAGCAGAACAAUUUUUAGUUCUACCAGUACAGUUAUUAUAACAGCAGUACAAUCCAAUUAUUCAUCAGCUUUAACGAUUGUAAGCCCACUGUACAGUCGUCCUGACAAUCCUUGGGAUGGACUUUUCUUUUUCUACGAAGCCAUUCAGUUAAGAGUGACGAUGACAGGCAUCUACACCAUAUUAUCAAACAGCACCAUCGAUAUGGAAGGUUAUUUGUACAAUAAUACUUUCAACUCGUCGUUUCCCGACGUGAAUUUAAUUGCGGAAGACAGCAAUGCUGUCGGUGACGGACAAUUCAUGCUCAAUGUGAUGCUCAGUUCGAUGAACAACUAUACUCUGGUUGUGUCGACAUACUGGGCAAGGACCACAGGAGAAUUUUCAAUAGUUGCUAGUGGUCCAUCAGCGAUUGCUUUUUCACUAAUACCACCUCCAUCAUACACUCAAUCCUACUAUUCAUCAGCUUUGUCUAUGGCAAGCCAACUGUAUAGUCGUCCUGACAAUCCUUGGGAUGGCCUGUUCUUUUUCUACGAAGCCAUUCAGUUAAGAGUGACGAUGACAGGCAUCUACACCAUAUUAUCAAACAGCACCAUCGAUAUGGAAGGUUAUUUGUACAAUAAUACUUUCAAUUCGUCGUUUCCCGACGUGAAUUUAAUUGCGGAAGACAGCAAUGCUGUCGGUGACGGACAAUUCAUGCUCAAUGUGAUGCUCAGUUCGAUGAACAACUAUACUCUGGUUGUGUCGACAUACUGGGCAAGGACCACAGGAGAAUUUUCAAUAGUUGCUAGUGGUCCAUCAGCGAUUGCUUUUUCACUAAUACCACCUCCAUCAUACACUCAAUCCUACUAUUCAUCAGCUUUGUCUAUGGCAAGCCAACUGUAUAGUCGUCCUGACAAUCCUUGGGAUGGCCUGUUCUUUUUCUACGAAGCCAUUCAGUUAAGAGUGACGAUGACAGGCAUCUACACCAUAUUAUCAAACAGCACCAUCGAUAUGGAAGGUUAUUUGUACAAUAAUACUUUCAAUUCGUCGUUUCCCGACGUGAAUUUACUUACGGAGGACAACGAUGCUGCCGGUGACGGACAAUUCAUGCUUAACGUGAUGCUCAGUUCGAUGAACAGCUAUACUCUGGUUGUGUCGACAUACUGGGCAAGGACCACAGGAGAAUUUUCAAUUACCAUUUACGGCCCAUGGACGACUAGUAUUUCAUCGACAAAUGUAACCAAAAUACAGUCACAAUAUGCAUCAGCCUUAACAUUACUGAGUCCAAAGUUUAACCAUUCUGCAAUUACUGAGUCAACGGGCAUAUCUUAUUACCAAGCAAUUCUGAUCAGCGUGAACAUAUCAGGCGGUUAUAGUAUUGCAUCAAAUAGUAGCAUGGAUACACUAGGGUACCUCUACAAUACUACUUUCAAUUCUACAAAUCCAAAGGAAAACUUGAUCGACUCAAAUGACGAUGAUGGUGGCAACAGACAGUUCAUGCUUAUAGCAAUGCUAAAUUCUGGAAUAAAUUAUACUGUAGUUAUAGCAACAUACUAUAAAAAUGUAAUCGGAUCAUUUAAUAUACUUACCGAAGGUCCAGGAACCAUGAGCUUUAUCUUUCUGGUUAUACAAUGUUCAACACAAAGAUAUCACGUGGCCAAUGCCUUUGCUCAAGAAGAUGAAGCAGAUUAUAUAAACAAUUUCGCGACACUCAUAAAAGAUUCUUAUUCGGCACCGCUUCCUCGAGAUUUGACAACGACAUGUAAAAGUCAAUAUCAAGCGGGCGUCUCGACUGUGAAAUCCAUUACAAAUUCUAUGUUCUCAUCUGAUCUUCAAGUCUUCUGCGGCACAGAUAGCAUAUGCACCAUACCAGCUGGUUUUACAGUCACCAUGAAUAGUAAUUUGAAUCUUGCUGCUCUUGUCAUAAAUGGUUCGCUUGUUUGGAAUGAUAUGAGCCAAUCUUCAAAUGACCAAUGGUUAUGUGCUGGCUAUAUUGCUGUGAAUGGAGGCCAAUUUAAUAUGAAUCUAACAGCUAAACAAGGUUAUAUUUAUAUGAAAAAUAAUGGUCUGAAACAUUCGACAAUUCAAACGCGGGCUUUCGGUGCUUUCAACGCGGGAAAAAUACAUGUCAGCGGUCGUCCACUUGCUCGGACUUGGUCUUUACUUUCUGAGAAAGCUGUAUACGGUAUGACUUACAUUCGUCUCCUACACAAACCCGAAGAUAUGGGUUGGAAAAUUGGCGAUCGAAUUGUGAUCGCUCCGACAACAGAAGGUUCCAAAGGUGACGCAGAAGAAUAUACUAUUGGAGGAUUCGAAACUGGCAAUACCAUAAAAUUAAUGAAUAGAGAUGAAACGGCUACAGGAAUUAUAUCGUCAUUUUUUCAAUCGAAAACAUUAUAUACUGGUGAAAAUAUGUCGGCACUCAUGCAAGCAGAAGUGAUCAAUCUAGCUCGAAAUAUUAUCAUUACUGGCGACGAUUUUCAGCAUGUUAAUUGUGUAAACGACGUCGCCAAUGGUAAACCGCCUGAUCAUAUCCAAGCCGAUCAUUGUUCGUGUUGGAAUAGCAUCAGACGAACUCAAUGUACUGUCGGCUUACAUACGGCUGCACUUGGAUCCGGUUCCGUAUUAUCUCUACAACACACACGAAUUGAAAAAUGUGGUCAACGUGGUAUCCUGGGAAAAUAUUGCGUACAUUUACAUCUGCUAAAGAGCUGUCCCGAAUGCAAAAUCAUCGGUAAUGCUUUUGAAUAUGGUCAACAGCGAGGCACGGCUAUUCAUGGAACACAUCUAGCAACUGUUGAAAAUAAUGUCUACAAUGAUAUCCGAGGCGCAACGAUAUAUGUUGAAGAUGGAAAUGAAAUGUAUAAUCGAAUUCUUUAUAAUGUGGGAAUAUGUCCAUGGGCAAAACCGGGAGAAAAGAAAGGAUGUGCUGUACCAGGUACGGACAAUGGUCAAGCUGACACAACGCUGAAUCAAGCAGGUAUAUGGGGCUUGGGUUUUACCAAUUAUGUGAUCGGAAAUCGUUUUGCCAAUAAUUAUAAUGGCAUGCUCUACCAAGAGCAAGGUUUUCCGAACGGACGUGGUCAUGUCGAUGGAUUGGAAUGUCCUAGUUUUCAACAUUUGGGCAGAUUGGAAGGAAAUACGUUUCAUGGCUGCGGAAGAUUCGGUACAUACGUACUGGCCAGUGUUUUUCCGAAGAAAACUGAUCGAUCAAUUGAGAAAAAUGGUCUACCCACAUUAGCGACAUGUAAGGAAUGGACGGCAACUGGUGAAGAUAAUGGUUUACCAGCUACAUUUAUGCAUAAUAUCGAUUAUGACAAUGUUUUCGUUGGUCAGUACAAUGCAGGUGAUUUACAGUAUCGAUUUCACACAAGUGUGCAUAAUCAGAAUCUGAUUUAUUGGAAAGAAACGAAAAACUUUCAAGAUGGAUGCUCAGCGCAUAUAGCGGACUCAUUUUAUGAAGCAGGUAACUUGGCUUUGCCGGGUGGUCAUGGAGCAUUUAUUUUAGAAAACAUGAUCUUUAACAAUCGAGUUCAUUUUGAAUCAAGCCAUCACUGUAAUGUUGGAGUUACUGGAAUUCUAUGCAUGCCGACAUACGUAUUCGUCAAUAUGAAAUGGACAGGCACGUUCUCGGAUGACUUUUCCAUGUUGAAAUGGGGACCGAACAAUGGUGCUAUGUUUACACUUGGGCCCGAUGAUGAAAAGAAUCUAUCAGGAAACAAAUUAUUUCCAGCUGGAUUCUGUUCUAUAGUUAAUCCAUACUGGACAUAUCUAUUAGCAUUGGACAACGGCGCAGCAUGUCUGAACUCCAAUGGUGUCGCUAAUCUUCUAGGUCAAGAUCCAGCUAAAUUUGCAAAAAAAUAUGACGGUGGUGCUAUUUUCUGCAAAAAACCAGUUCGUCGACUUGAGAUAUUCUCUUUCAAUCAAAACGCUGGAAAUAAUCGAGAUAUGCGAUUGGAACUUUGGCAACAUGGUGAUCUGAUUAGUUCUGUGACUUUGAAGUAUUUUCAAAUUGGCGACAGAAAACAGGGUUACAGUGCCACAGUCAUUCCUGGCCUAGGCCAUAAAUAUCGUUUGUCAAUGGCAGAUGGAGGAAAUGUCUCUCCUGAUUGGAUUAUUGAAUUUUCUGAUCCUAUUUUUGGAAAUCGUUGGAAGCGAGAUGAAAUCGAUCUUACUGUUGUCGGAAGAAGCUGCCAUUAUCCAGUUCAUUCUCAGCAUGAUCGAAGAUACAUAUGGUCGGGAGAUAAUUAUCUUCAAGUGAAAGGAAGAGGAGCAUGUACUUCUUUUCCCGACAUGGCUCCUGUUAAUUGUCGAUCUCAACCGAAACUAAGCAAUGUCGAGGAAUGUCCCGACAAAUGUCCGAAUGGCUGUACAAAUGGAUACUGUGAUUGUGCUACAGGUGAAUGCUUAUGUAAUCCGGGAUUCUCCGGUGUAAAUUGCAUGAUUGAUACUUGUGCUGCUGCUAAAUGUGUCAAUGGUAACUGCGCUGCUCGAUAUCUUGGCGGUGAUCUACAGGUGACCAAUAAACCGUGCGUCUGUAUGGAAGGCUGGUACGGCGAUCGAUGUGAUACAACAUCAGCACCACCUCCGCCUCCAGAACUGGAACCUACGUGUCUAAACGGAUGCAAUUACUACACAGACAGUGAUAUCUCUGGUGGAAAUCUUGCAGUUGUACAAACAUCAAAUGCAAAAGCUUGUUGUGCUGCAUGCCAUGCAAAUCCGGCGUGUAAUUCAUGGGUACUAGCUACUAUUUGCUUCUUGAAAUCUGGAACACAACGAAAUCAUCGACCUGGUAUUAUAUCAGGAAUCAAAUGUUCAGCCGUAACGGACUCAAGUACAGCUGCUCCUGUUACACCACCAUCAAUAACUAAUAGCUGUGAUGGUAGAUGUAAAGGUCAAUAUCCGUACGGUUGUAACGCCAGUUUUCAAACUGGCUAUUGUAAUGCAGGAGGUGGAUGUAGUUAUUCUGCAAUGGCUGGUGCUGCUUGGUGUUGUUUCAAGGGUUGUUAA